UCCCACACAGAGAUUUGACAGAUACAGCCGGCUUAUUGACUUGGCAGUCUCGCACUAAUUGACUGCCGGUUUAGACACCGGAGCCUCCAACCAGUUGUUAAACUCUGAGUAGGCAGGUCGGGAACAUGCCAGCCAGAGCUUUUGGGGGAGGAGAAAGCUGCUGGGUGCGUGCCUCUCGCAUUCUGCUCCCCGCGCCGGGAGAUGUGUGAAGUUGGGUGUGCGUGCUGUCACAGGCAGAGAUCCAAGGGCAGCUGAGAGCGAGCUCAAGCGCUCGUCUUCCACGGGGAAGAGAACGGCGGCUGCUGCUUGAACGUACAAGCUGGCAGGAUCAUGACAGAGCCAAGCAGCCGAAAGGAAGGAUUUAAAAAAUGCCGGAGUGCUACUUUCAGCAUCGAUGGCUACAGCUUUACAAUUGUUGCAAAUGAGACAGGUGACAAAAAUGCACGACCACUUUCACGAUUUGCCCGGUCUAAAUCACAAAACUGCUUGUGGAACACCAUUAUCGGUGGGCUGACUGGCAACCUGAAGGAAAGGCCAAAGCCAACCAUUGUCAGUGACCCCAGACCUCCUGAAGAAAUCUUAGCAGAUGAACUACCACCAGUGGACAGUCCUGAGGCAUUGGUGAAAACAUCUUUCAGGUUACGGUCCUUGGUAAAGCAGUUAGAGAGAGGGGAAGCUUCAGUUGUAGACUUAAAGAAGAAUUUGGAAUAUGCUGCAACUGUUCUUGAGUCAGUAUACAUUGACGAAACCAGGCGUUUACUGGACACAGAAGAUGAGCUCAGUGACAUCCAGUCUGACUCUGUGCCCUCAGAGGUCCGGGACUGGUUGGCUUCCACCUUCACGCGGCAAAUGGGGAUGAUGCUCAAAAGGACAGAGGAAAAACCACGUUUCAGGAGUAUUGUCCAUGCAGUACAAGCUGGGAUAUUUGUGGAAAGAAUGUACAGACGGACUUCAAAUAUGGUCGGUUUGAGCUACCCACCAGCUGUAAUUGGAGUGCUAAAGAAUGUAGACAAGUGGUCCUUUGAUGUAUUUGCACUAAAUGAUGCCAGUGGGGAUCAUGCACUGAAAUUCAUUUUCUAUGAACUUCUCACCCGCUAUGAUCUAAUCAACCGUUUCAAGAUCCCCAUUUCUGCCCUGGUGUCCUUUGUGGAAGCUCUGGAGGUUGGCUACAGUAAACACAAAAAUCCUUAUCACAACCUAAUGCAUGCUGCAGAUGUGACGCAGACGGUCCAUUACCUCCUUUUCAAGACAGGCAUAGCGCACUGGCUGACAGAGCUGGAGAUCUUCGCUAUGAUCUUCGCAGCUGCCAUCCAUGACUAUGAACACACUGGAACCACCAACAACUUUCACAUCCAGACACGGUCAGACUCAGCCAUUCUAUAUAAUGACCGGUCCGUGCUUGAAAAUCACCACGUUAGUGCGGCAUAUCGUCUUUUGCAAGAUGAUGAAGAGAUGAAUAUUUUAUCUAAUCUCUCAAAGGAUGACUGGAGGGAAUUCAGAGCUCUAGUGAUCGAGAUGGUGUUGGCCACUGAUAUGUCCUGUCACUUCCAGCAAAUCAAAGCCAUGAAGAAUGCUUUGCAGCAGCCAGAAGGAAUCGACAAGCCGAAAGCCUUAUCACUGUUGUUACAUACAGCAGAUAUCAGUCAUCCAGCCAAGGCCUGGGAUCUCCACCAUCGCUGGACCAUGUCUCUGCUAGAGGAGUUCUUCAGACAGGGUGACAAAGAAGCAGAACUAGGGCUUCCUUUCUCUCCACUGUGUGAUCGCAAGUCUACUAUGGUUGCUCAGUCUCAAAUAGGUUUCAUUGAUUUCAUCGUGGAACCCACUUUUACUGUACUGACUGACAUGACGGAGAAGAUUGUGACUCCACUCAUCGAUGAAGCUUCCCGCUCUGGCAUGUCUGGGUUCAGACGUUCCAGUCUGAAUAGCAUUAGUCCCUCUGAAGUUAAAAGAUCAAGUGUCAAGAGCACUGGGUCCGAAGGAAGUGCCUCACUCAAUUGCUCCAUACUCACUGUGGACUUCAAAUGUUUUAAAGCCACCUGGACUGAGGUGGUGCAGCAGAACCGGGAGAAAUGGAAAGCACAAGCCACCAAAGAAGAAAAAGCUAAGAAAGAAGCAGAGGAAAAUGCUCAUCAGGGAACAGAUGAAAAGAAAACAGAUGAAAAAGAUGAGAAGAAGCCAGCUGAAGAUGCCACAGCAGCAAAGACAGAGAACCACAAAGAACCAAAUUCUGUGGAAAAUAAAAGUGCAGAUUCUAAUAAGAAUCAUAUAAAUGGGACUCGACAAACCGGGGUGAACAAACACGAAACCUCUCAAGGGAAAAACGCAGCUAGGACAGAUACGGGAAUGGACUCUCAUCACCCAGUGGAAGAGAAACAACAUGUGCAGAAUGGUGAAUUAAAGGAAGAAAAAAAGUUGGACAAAAAAGAUCAGUCUAGUGUGGGGAAUGAAUCAAAGCAAACAGAUGAUACGGAAGAAUAAAAAUAUAUGUAAAAAAGAGACUGCAAAUUUCUUUCAUCAUUUUAGCUGAGCUUCUUCAUUCCUGUUCUCCUCCUCCUUCCACAAAGACCGGUUUCUCGGGAAGGCGUUAAACAACUUUCAAAACACUCCUCCUCCCACUGGCUACUUCACAGCUGAUGACUCUGGGUUCUAGGAUGGGGGUCUUGGGUUUUUGAGUCAGUUUUAUUUUUGUUUGUUUGUUUGUGUAUGUGUGCAUUUUUUGUUGUUUUGGGAAGUUUUUUGUUAAAAAAAAAAGGAAAAAGUUGAUUUCCUGAUGCAAAUGGUUCCAUUUUUCUAGACAGGUCAAGCAAAUAGAUGACAGUUGUCUUCAAAAGCCAGUAUUGCCUUUUGCGAUGCCUCAGCUUGUGAAACCAACAUUAGGGUGAUAUAAAAUAACAUUAAAAAAAAGGAAAAAAAGAAAGAAGAAAACUUAAUAUUACUUCACUUUUACUCUUUUUCUUUUCCCCAAGAGCCGUGUCCAUUUGCUGGUAGACAAAAUUUGUCAUCAUUUUACCCUCGCCGUAGAAGAUUUUGUUAAUUAGAAUGGUGAAUUUGUAGAGUCAUUUGGUCAUUUGUUAGGAUUUUAUGUCUUUCUCAGAUGAUGCAAUGAUAGCAAAAUGUUUCUAACCAGCAGGCAGACUCACUCAAACCUUGAUUUUGUUCUGUUUUUGCAGUUAAUAAUAGGAAAGGAAUAAUCAAUGAAAGGGAUACUCCCUUAGGGCAGAUUUUGUUGUCAGUCUCUGAGAGCAUAUACUAAGGUACUACUUGACAUGCCUGCCUUAAUUUGAGAUGACAGAUAAUGAGCUGUUUCCCACAUUUGUUCAUGGUCACUGCUCUUUCUAUGACCUGAUGAUCUAAGAGAAGCAGGGCAGCAGGGAAUCACAUGGAUCAAUUCUUACUUUUCUCUCAGUUUGGUCUUUCUUUCAUCAUUGACUGAAUGGAUAGGCCACAGAAAAGGAAAAGUGUUGCUGGAGAAGUACGGACAGACAAAACCAAAAUAAAAAAGUGUGUCCUAAAUACACUGCUGGAGUUGGUGGAUAAAACUGUCUCAUCCAGUGGGGUUAGACACAUGGAAAGUAGCCAUCAUUUUGGCCCACUUUAAAGAAGAAAUGUUAAAAAACUAACUGUCAGGCCUUGAUUCAGGAAGGUAUCUGUGUAUGAGAAAUGUCAAACAUGUAUGUAACUGCUUUUCUGGCUUGAGAUCUUCAUAGGGAUCCAGUCUGUGGAAAUCAAGACACGUACAUACACACAAAACUGCUUUUUGCCUAAGCCCUUCUUGUUCAGGAUGAGGUCUUGCUGUGUUAGUAGUAUAUGUAUUUUACAAGGAAUCAGAAUGCUGUCAUGGCUCUUUGCUAUGUAGAGAACAUGCAAAACAUUGUCUUAGGAAGCUAAAUCUUUGGUGUUUCCUUUUCAUGUUGAAAAGCACAGGACUUUACCACCAGCCUAUAUUAGAGCUUGGGUCUCUGUUCCUGUUUAAACUGUGCAUGUACAGGGACAAGAUUCCCGCGUCACUAGCAAAAAUCACAGCAGUGAGCUCAGCCUAAAUCCACGUUUAAACGUGAAUACCUUCUCACUCAGGAGUGUUUGUAUCUGGGAUUUUGGUUAUUGAGGCUAGAGACAUUUUGAGUUCUUUUUUUUUUUGGACACUAGAGUUUGAGUUUGUUGAAAGCCAGAGACUUAGAUUAGGUUCGUGCUGUGAAAAGGUUGCACUUCAAUCACAUGUUUUCAGAAGGAAGAAGUACAAAAAUAACUUUUGCAGUUUUUAAAACUCAAAGUUGGCUUCACUGAAGCAGCUCAUUUAAAUAAAAUAAAUAUAAGGGCACGCAGUGUUCCUGUUUGAGAGCUUAUGGUUCAGUGGUGGCUCUGGGGUAGAUUUUCUGCGGAAGUGGAGGUGCUGGGAGGACAGUGGCCCCUCAUUCAGCUCCGAGCACAGUCCAUGUUGUGUGACAGGCAAAGGGCUGUGUCACCACAUCGCACUUUCGUACCUGCCCUUUCACCCCCUCCAUCAGCAUUCAGCCUCGAUAAGAGUGGUAGGAUAUGACUUCUGGCUCUGGCCAGGCUCUUUGAAGGCACAUUGGUGAAACAUCAAUAAUGCAGAACUAAAUGCCGCAGUGGUGACUCAGUCCCCCGCUUAGUCAGAGUUCUCCCUGAAGUCAGGGGGAACAUACUCUCACUGAGCAUUUGGUCAGAGUGGCAGGAUGAUUUAGUCAAUAUUUUUUAUGUUACCAUUACCUAAUGUACAGUGACUAAAGAUGCCUUAGGUUAUGCACAAUAGAAUAAUAUUAAUAAAAAAAACGCUAAAUAUUUUUCUUCUUCUAUUUCUGAUGCAUAUUUUCUUUCUUUCUGGGAGUGACUUCUUUCAGACAGCGAAGCCAGACUGCUUAAUUCGCAGCUGGUCAGUUCUUGUUUCUCAUGCACUGGCACAAAGGUGUGAAAUCAGACUGGAAAAUGUUUUUUCGAUUGUUACUCACCACCAGCAGGAGCUAGUAAGGGAAGUGGUAGAUUUGCCAUCUCUUGGGGACUGCAGAUCAGAGCUGCCAUUCUGGAAGGGAUGCUGUAGGCAAAGUUACUGAUCUCAGCACACAGGCAUGCAGCAAAAUGUUUUGCAAUAUACAGGCAGUCAGAGUUAGCUCUAACAUUCUCACGCUCUUUUAAAAUCAUUUUAAGAAGCCACAGUGGAUUAAUAGCAUUUUCUUAGAAUUUUUUGUUGUCUCAUAAAAAAAAAAAUCCCUGUGAAAUCUCUUAGCUUGGAAAUAUAUAAAGUGAAAUCUAGAAACUGAAAUCCUGCAAAGAGACUAAGCCAGAUGAAAGCAUCUCUUGUGAGUUCCCUUCCCAGGAUCACACCUAAAUUCCCCUGCUCUGUCCCCCACCUCCCUCGAACACCGCAGCAUUGUGCUAGUGCAUUGUGAGCCAAGGAAUGGUAUGUUUAGACACCUCCCAGUUAAACUAGAGAUCAGCCACUGUGCAAUUGUAUAAAAAAAUAAUAAAAAUAAAAAAAAAAAAACCAAACAGAACUGCUUUCUCUUAUUUUAUUCUGUGAAAGGAAGGAAACAAAAAAAGUGGAAAAGGAUUAGGUGUUCAUUAGAUAAUGGCCUGUGUUUAUAAAGAGUGAGAAAGGAUUUCUGGUUUUACAUCCCUUCCUAACUUUCCCCAGAUGUAUAGAAAUUAUCUUUUUAGAUGCCUUCCUUUUCUGUCCUCAGUAAGACGAUACAAGCAAUGAAUAACCCAGACAUUCUGCAAAUAUAGGACCCGUAUCAUUGGCCUCAUGCUGACAUCCUUCAGAAUUAUUUGGGAGCGCCCAUCAGUAGACACAAAAGGGUCUUCUGGUGCCAGAGUGCUGCUCAUGGAGGGCGGCACAGGCUGGGAAGCUGUGCGAUAAGGUGACAUUCUUCUGCCUCUGUGCAGGGCCUGCUGGUGUCCUCAGAAAGCUCUGACUUGCUGGAAAAGCACCAGGCACCUUCUGCUUCCCAGAAACUCGUAUGUCACUUGAGAGGGAGAAUCCAGGCACUUUACCUACUGAAAAUAGGGAGGGAUACCAUAGCAAGUAUCCCUAUCAGUGUUCUUUCAUUUAUCUGGGACUGGUGUUCAGGGAACUAGCAGACCUUUGGCUCAUGGUGACCUAGUAGUUGAACUUCUGGACAUACUAUAACAAAAAACAAAAACACAAAAAAACAAAACCAAAACAAAACAAAAAAAAAAAGGAAGAAGAAAAGCCAGCAAUAUGUUUUUAUAGAAUCAGAGAAUCAAAACAGUUUGGCUUGGAAAGGACCUUCAAAUGUCAUCUUGUCCAACCCGCUGCAUUGAGCAGGGACAUCUUCAACUAGAUCAGGUUGCUCAGAGCCCCAUCCAGCCUGGCCUGGAAUGUCUCCAGGGAUGGGGCAUCUACCGCCUCUCUGGGCAACCUGUGCCAGUGUUUCACCACCCUCAUUGUAUCCUGUUUAUUGUUUAAAUGACACAAAGAGUGACAGUUCUCUGGGCUGCACUCAGUUAUUUGAACUGUGAGUUUCUGUGACAAUGUGCAAGAAGGGUUCACACAUGUGCAAGAAGGGAUUUAUUUUUUAAAUCUUUUUUUUUUUAAUGUAAAAGCCUGCGGUGCGCUCUCUCAAAAUGCUUAAGUCAACCAGCUUUCCUUACAAACUGCACAAUAUUAUUUUUCAGAGUUACAUGGUCAGAUUUUUAUGUUUAAGUAUAAAAAGGUGAUGGAUGUCAUUAAUGUUUUCCAUGUUUGAGAAAAAAGAUAAGAUGCUGGAAGACCAAUUUUUUUUUUUUUUUUUUAAUGAUAAAAUAGGUGGUAGAUUUAAAAAAAAAUAAUAAAUUUUGCAAUUUAAGACUGAAAACAUAUUUAAGAGUAGUCAAUCUAGCACAACUGAUGUUUGUCUGAAAGUGCAGCCUUUUGUAUAGCUGCAGCUGGUGUGAACACAGUAUGUACUAAUGCAGUAGGAUGUCUAGCAUCAGAAUUUAUCUGGAAUUUGGGAGCCUUAUUCCUGAUGAGUGAAUGAAGGAGGCAAAUUCCUUUUUCUCCAUGUUUCAUUUUUGAGCAUAAAUUUUGUGGUUGGAAAGAAACUUUUCCAAAGUAUAGUUGGUUAUAUCAGGCAAGAAUGGAAUAUGGUGGUGUUUUUGCAAAUUACCCUUUGAAUAUACAAAUGUUUGCAUAUGUACUUACAAAGUUUUGCAAGCUCAGUCUGGAAGCAAAAAUAUUUUAAACUUGAUGCCUGGUAGCGCUGUGCUGCUUGGUAAUCAGAAGGUCCAUGAGCUCACUGAGCUAAAGGCAAAUAUUAUAACUUCUGCUGUUAGUCCUUGCAAAUUCUAUGGUGGGUCCCAAGCACGGCUUUUAAUUAAAAAGCACAAUAAUCUAGUCAAAUUGUAAAUGAUGGAACCUUAAAAGGACAGUGCUUUUUUUGCUUCAACUAGAAUAAACUAGUCUAUCUCCAGGAACUUGUGAGAUGGUCUUAAGUAUUUCUUAUUGGGCCCUUUUUCCUCACAUUCUAUUUUAUAAUACUGAAACUCAUCAUCCUCUGAUGAUCUAUGCCAUAUAAUGGCCAUAUAUACUCAGCAAAUGACAGCAUAAUCAAGUCUUUUACUCUUUUUAAUUUUUUUUUUUCUUUUUAAAUCCAUCACCUCACCCAAUAGAUAAAAACAAGAGAACGAUCCCGUGCUUUCCAAUGUGUUGAACCGGUGCUGAUCUCAGAGCUGUGCUGGCGCGGUGUCUGAACAUCAGCACUCAAAACCAGGCACGUCCUGGCUGAGGAUGGGCAGGAGUCCUGUGGCACUGACCCGAUGCAAAUCACUCCAAGAAACGACCCGAUGCAAAUCACUCCAAGAAACUUGCAUCCGUGCUGGCCAGGUAGAAGGAGGAAAAAAAACCCCAUGCUUUCACAUUUUAAGACAUAAAUUUAGCUUCCUCCAAAGUGGAUACCCACAAUAUGAGCAGGUCUGCUCCAGUCUCAGUUUAGCAUCAGCUAUGCUGCUCCUCCUGCACCCACAGGCAGACAAGUUUACAGCCCCAGACAACCCUUUCUUUGUCUGUGAUGAAAGCAGGAGCAGAGCAAGUGGUCACUGGCAAUACCAUUAUUUUCUGUUGAAAUGAAAAGCUAUCCAUGCAUUUCCUCUUCUCAGACUGCCCUGGCAUUGCUGCAAUGUGAUGUCCCUUUUGAGCCCCAGCAAGCACAGAGGGUUGUGAUCUGUACCCAGGCAGGACCGGGACACAUGCCGAUCUCUGAGGCAUCAGCAUUCCCUUCUCUGGUGACUUGGCCACCAGGUAGAAGAAAAUGGAUCUGCUUCCAGGCAAGCUGGCUGAGGACCUGAAGCUCAGUUUUAGCUAAUUUAUUUACCCUCAUGCCUAAGUGCAAGACAGGACUCACUCACAAGCCUCGCAGCAGAGUCUUGGCAUUUUGUAUUCUUCUGAUUCUUCUAAGUGCAGGUGUAUCAACUGCUGUGUACUUGUAACACUCCAGUUUUAGACACUAUCCAGUGGUAGGAGGAAUAUACGUAAUCCUGUUGUCUCUGCAAGUUGUCAUAGGAGUGCAUCUAUCAAACAAAAUUAGUUAUGGCCAUUGGGGUUUUCUAGUGAUAAAAGCUAGCAGUAGAAUGACAGAGUGAGCGUUUUCCUUUUCUUCUUGCUUGGAUGAUAUUUUUAUACACUUUUAUAUGCAAUUUUUUUAAAUAUUUGCUAUUUUUAUUGUAGGAUUCUGGUUGGGUUUUUACCAGACCUUCUGGUUGUCUGCAGGCCCAGAUUCUCACAGGAAUAUUUCCCUUUUCUUCUCCCCAUUCUUCCCCAGUAGACAAAAGCCAUUGCAUUUGCACCAUCAGCUUAGAAUGAAAUAGCACCUCAGGCCUGGUCACUCUUCAGCUGCACUGAAAUCGAAGGAAGUUGCAUACGAAGUCCUGCUGGUCCCACCGCAGUGUCUGGGACCAAUCACGAAAUAACUGAAACAUGUACAACUAAUGACAUGCAGGGCAGUCUGUGUAAAGACAAUGCAUCAGAGUGAUGCUGCCUUCCUUUGCUAUGAGACGAGCUACUUCCACCACAGUGUGUUUAAAUAAGACUGUCUCUCUCUCCUAGUUCUGAUGAUGCUACUUCUUUUAGGCACUUCAAUCGAAUUCAUACCCUAGUGCACUGAGUACCUUCAGCGGGCAGGAAGGGUGGACUUUGUGGCUUAUCUAUGACAGUAGAUUUCAUUGCACUUGUGGUUAACCCUACAAUGACCUAAAUAAAGUGAAGAAACAUUAAGCCUAUUGGUAGGAAGGACAAGGGGAAAUCAACCAAAUUCAAGGGUCUUGGUCAUGUAAAACAACCUCUAAGCUGGCUUUCUGCAGGGAAUUCCAUGUACGAAGUUGAACAUAAACUUUAGAGUAUUUUUGUGGUAGCAGAACUGAUCGUGGAGAUGUCUUUCUUGAACUGAACUAAAAUGAACAACAGACACCUGUUCUCUAACAUUCUUCCAGGAAGAAAGAGGCAGGUUGUUAACGCUGUUUUGCACCAGGGGCUAGAAAGCAGGUUACAAUCCACACUGAAAGCAGAACUCAUUACAAGUUUGUUCCUGGGACUGGGUGGGUGAGGUAAUGAAAAAAAGACCUAUUGGGUUUGUUGUGGCUCAUAAGGAAAAAAAAAUGCAAAACGCAAAUGAAUGAUGCCAUGUAAUGCCAAGUAUUCUCAACUGUUCUGAGAAUAGUUUUAAACAAUAUGUAUUGUUAGUUCCUUAUUUCAAAGAAGAGGCUCGUGGUCUCUAAAUGUAUAAAACAUUUUUCAACAUUCCAGUUUUCCUGUAACUGAGUCCAUGUAUAUUCAUCCUAUUACCAAAUAAAAACAAUGAGGUCUCUGCUCUAUUUGAAUGAAA